AUGGGUACUGAUGAGAAGAAAGUGCUGCUGCUUGGAGCUGGAAUGGUCAGCGGACCAUUUGCUGAUUUCUACUCGAAGCAAUCCAAGGUGCAUGUGACGGUAGCCACCGAGUCUCGUGAAGACGGGCAUCGUCUAGCAAAGAGUGAAAACAUCACACCUCUUGUUGUCGACGUGGCCAGGGAGCACGAUGUGUUGGAGCAGCUAGUGAAAGAACAUGACCAAGUGGUGUCUUUGCUACCCUUUGGUUUCCAUCCCAUGGUGGCUAAGAUGUGUAUCAAGAAUAAGACGAAUAUGGUAACUUCCAGCUAUGUAUCACCGGAACUUCAGGCUUUAGACCAAGCUGCACAGGAUGCUGGAGUGACUAUAAUGAACGAAUCUGGCCUAGAUCCUGGAAUUGAUCAUAUGCUAGCGAUGGAGUGCAUCGAUGAGAUUAAGGACCAUGGUGGAAAGAUAACCUCUUUUGUUUCCUUCUGUGGUGGCCUUCCUGCUCCUGAAUCUUCCGAUAACCCUCUUCGAUACAAGUUCAGCUGGAGUCCCAAAGGUGUGCUUACGGCGCUGCUGAACCCUGCGAGGUAUCUACAAGAUGGGAAGAUUGUGGAAAUCCCAUCUGGAAAAGUUGUUGAUCAUCUAUACCCUAUAGACUUCAUGCCUGGUUUCAAUCUCAUCGGGUAUGGUAACCGAGAUUCCACUAAGUACUCUGAGAUUUAUGGUUUGGGAUCGGACUGCAAAACUAUGAUUCGUGGAACUCUUCGAUACAAGGUUUUCUAUUGA